AUGUCCAACCUGAGUCGAGUGGACGGCGCGUCGGGCGGUGCCGUUCGGACGGGCAGUUUGAGCAGCGACUUCGGCACUGUCAACGCGCCGAACACCGAAGCUGCCCUCGCUCCCCAGCUGCGACGACGGUCCUCCGUGAAGACGGUCCGCCGGAGCAUGAUGAACAAGGUCGGAGUUUUGGCGUUGGCUGCGGGCCUCGCCGUAGCCAACGCGUGCCCUGAGGCCGCGGUCCUCACCGAGAGGGCUGGCAAGUUUGGACUGUCCCACUAUGACGCUAGCUCCAAGUGCUCGUGGCGCCUGAACGCGGAGCGCCCGACGGCCAUCUCGGUGGACUCGAUCGACACCGAGGUGCUCUUCGACGAGGUCACGGUGCGCGCGGACGGGCAGGUCGUGGGCCGCUUCUCCGGCACGCACGCGUCGGCGCCCAUCGUGGUGUCGGGCGACGUGGAGGUGGUGUUUGAGUCGGACUCGGACGUGCAGGGCUCGGGCUUCUCCAUGUCGUACGCGCCCGCGGAGGACGCGCCCGUCUCGUGCGGCGCCGGCUCCCCGCUGUCGUUCACGGCCUCGGCCGUGUCCACCCCGAUCGAGAUCCCCGCCGGCGAGACGUGCGAGGUGACGAUCGCGCCCCAGGUCCGCCUCAUCUCGGGCGACGUGUUCGUGGCCGGCGCCAAGUCGGUCGAGGUCAACGGCGCCGCCCCCGUGGCCCUCGCGGGCUGCGGCAAGUUCUCCGUCGACGUCGCCCGCGAGCUCAAGCUGCGCCUGGUGGGCUCGGGCGACCAGGUGGUGCUCGGCGCCGUGUUCGGCGAGGACGCCUCGACCCUGGCCAUUGAGAAGCAGUUCUCGUGCCGCGAGAUGACCUACUCGCGCCGCCUGCAGGGCACCUUCCGCCACCUGCAGCAGAACAACGGCACCAACGCCACCACCGCCGCGCCGGCCACCACCGCCGCGGGCGCCACCACCGCGCCGGGCGCCACCACCGCCGCGCCGGGCGCCACCACCGUGGCCUCGAACGCCACCACGGUGCCCGCCACCACGGUGCCCGUGAUCAACCCCGGCGGCGUGUCGGCUUCCACCAUCAGCACCAUCCGCUCCCAGCUCCAGGGCGCACAGGGUACGCAGGUCACCGUGUCGUCGGUCGCCAUCGGUGGCGCGAACUCGCAGUGGACGUGCGCCCAGAUCACCGCCCUGUACGACGGCAUCGCGCUGGCGCUCUUCAACUUCACCGACGUGAACGUCAUCGCGACCGCCGCCUCCAACGUCUCCCCCGAGGGGGCCCUGCUGUCCCGCGGCAUCAAGCCCUUCAGCUGCGCAAAGCUGCGGCGCCAGCUGUUCCAGGCCGGCAACGGCACGGCGACCUUCACCAGCUUCUCGUUCAAGGCCACCACGGCGCUCGGCGCGCAGCUCCUGACGCGCACGCAGCAGAUCGCCAACGGCACCAUCAGCCUCGCCACGGAGCUGGCCAAGAACCCCGCGGUGACGUCGCAGAUCUCGACCAUCUCCCAAAUCGCCACCAACACCACGGGCGUGUCCUCGACCUCGAUCGUCGGCGCCACACCCGCGCCGGCCACCCAAGCUCCGGUGACCGCGGGGCCGACCGGCACCUCGGGCCCCGUCGCCACGACCCUGGCGCCGACCCUGCCGCCCAAGAUCACCAACGUUGACCAGGCGCAGACCGCGGUCACCGCCGAACUCGAACGGCUGCGUCAGCGCAUCGCCGAUGGCGGCACCGCCAGCCGCGUGACGGCCUCCACGCGGGCCACGUACACGAGCCGGCUGUCGUGCGCGGACCGCAACGCCCUCAACUUCGCCAUGGGCCAGGUGCUCUUCAACCUGGGCUCGGCCGACAUCGUGCGGCUCUACAUCACGAACGGGCUGCUGACGCUGACCACCGAUGGCGACUGCGCCCGCCGUCGCUCCCUGUCGGAGAUCGACUCGGAGAUGUCGCGCCGCCUGCAGCAGAAUUUCGUGUACACCACCGAGGGCACCUUCAUCGCCUCGGACCCCGCCACGGCCGCCGCCAUCCAGGCCAACGUGAACCAGCUCGGCGCGGGCGGCGGCACGGCGCUGAUCGCGGCGCUGCAGAACCUCGGCACCCUGAUUCCUGUGCCUGCGUCGGCCGAAGGGUCGGCCACGGUGCAGGUCGUGUCGGCUGCGGAGCUCCAGAGCGCGGUCGGCGGCGCGUCGACGGCGGUGCUGUCGGCUGCCAUCGCGGCCAUGGUUGCGUGCGCCGCCCUCCUCUUCUAA